CGUAGUUGCUAGUCUUUAGCGAAGUCUCUUUGCCGUAAGUAGAGGUGAAACUCUUUUACUGCGGAAGAAUGGCCGAUUCAAAGAAAGAGACUGACCCGCCUGCAAGCACUAAUAAACUUCCGGCGGUGCCGGAAUCUGUCUUAAAAAGAAGGAAACGUCGUGAAGCAGUUAAAGCUGCACGUCUGCAGAUAUCCAUUAAGCAACGUGCAAAUCGUUAUAAGAAAAGGAAAGAAAUUUUCAAAAGAGCAGAAAAAUAUGUAAAGGAGUAUAGGCAAAAAGAAAGGGAUGAGAUUAGGUUGAUGAGACAGGCUAAGACGUAAUUAUUACAUUCUGGUGAAGCACGUUUGGCUUUUGUCAUUCGUAUUCGAGGUGUGAAUCAAGUUGCACCAAAGGUACGAAAGGUACUUCAACUGUUUCGACUGAAACAGAUUAAUAAUGGUGUUUUUGUUAAACUAAACAAAGCAACUAUUAAUAUGUUGCGUAUUGUUGAGCCCUAUAUCACAUGGGGAUAUCCAAAUUUGAAGUCUGUUCGUGAAUUGGUUUACAAACGUGGAUUUGCUAAAAUAAAUAGGCAACGCAUCCCAAUAACUAGCAAUGCCAUCAUUGAGAGGAAGCUUGGUCGUUCUGGUAUUAUCUGUACUGAGGAUUUGAUUCAUGAAAUUUUUACCGUUGGCCCAAAGUUCAAAUAUGCCAGCAAUUUCCUAUGGCCUUUCAAGUUAAACACACCAAAUGGUGGAUGGCGCAAGAAGACUAACCACUAUGUAGAGGGUGGUGAUUUUGGAAACCGGGAAGAUAAAAUUAACGAACUCCUCCGAAGAAUGGUGUAGGCUUAUAAAGACUGCAAAUACAAUGUCUAAAAUUAAAUUUUUAUUAUUUA